AUGCGGGGACUGCUCUUGAUCGCGAUGUUGGCAAUUUCGAUGUCCAGUCACGUUGUGCUGACAAAGAUCAAGACACCUGACUAUUAUGGCGAUCUUGGUGUUGGAUCGAAUGCAAGCAUGGAAGAGAUCAGGGAAGCGUACAAGGCGCUCGUGCUCGCGUAUCAUCCAGACCGAUCAGCAAGAGUGAGCAGCUCACAAGAGAGUGAGGGAGAAUGCAACGAGAACGUGUCCAACGAGGAGUCAAAGUUUAAGGCUGAGAGGUUCAUCGAAGUUCGGGAGGCCUGGGAGGUCCUCGGGGAUGAAGACGCCAGACGAGCGUACGACUUGUUCAUGAGUGAUAACUGGGAAAUGAAGACCCCCAUUACACCCUGCAAGGAGUCUCAGAGUCCCGUUAUGCCUGUGGCAAUCGAGACUCCCUCUACUUCACAGUUUUCCUUUGGGAAGAAGAAUCGAGUCGGAUUCUUCUGA